CAAAUGAGUAUCAGAAGGCAUCCUCUAAAAAGAAGCAAGAAAUAUGAUAAGCUGACUGAUGAAGAUAGAAGCUUAAUCAUGGAAUUAAAAUAAAAAGGUAUAAGUUGUUAAGAGAUUGCCAAACAAUUAAAUAAAAAUUUAAAGACUAUUCAAUCGGUUUAAAAUUACGAGAGGAAAUCAGAAUAUAAGGCUCUAAAAGAGGCUGUUACUUAAUAUGGAAUUGACCAAUUGUUUUAAAACACCUCUAUAUUUGUAAAUAAAAAUUUUAUUUUAGUCUAUGAAUGAUAAGGAAUUAAGAAAACUUGUUAUAAAGACUGUCAAAAAUGUUAUGCCUCCUAAAAAUACUACUAUGUUUGCCCAUUUAAUCCCUCUUUAAAAGGCUGAUUCUAAUAAAAGAAGAAUUAUUGACUAAAUAGUCGAUAGUAUCUUCGAAAUUAUUUAAAAUAAUUCAAAAUUAGGAACUCUAACUGACCUAUCGGAACCCAUUAUUUCAACUUCAUAAGACACUAUUGAGGUUGAAAAUUCGGAUUAUUCAAAUCCAACUUUCAAUGAUGGCCAAGAAUUUUCUGAAGACUAAAACUAUGAAUAUCUUUAAGAAAGAAAUCCUAGAAUUCAAAAUACCUAUGACUAUUUUUAUUCCAAUCAAGAAAUAAUUUACUAAUUUGAAAACUCCUUUAUAAAUUCUUCAAACAACAACCAGUUUGAAAAAACUAUAGAAGAAUUUUCAAAUUUAUGUUUUGGAUAUUGAGAUGUCAAUUUUAUCUGGAA